AUGUGGCAGUUGACACUUCUCAGUCGAGUGAUCCCUGCUUUCGGGGCACUUGCAAAAGAAUUCAUUGAAAACGAAUUCAACGAUGAUAGGCUCCUGAAGGAUGCAAUUGACUUUUACUCGGAUAUUGUCAAUCUUGUUUUGGGAGAGAGUGUGAGAUCAGCAUGGCCACAAAAGCUUCAGGAUGAAGGCGAAAAAGUCAUGGAUGGCACCUCUUGCGCAACACCUAUUGCCGCUGGGAUAGCUGCGCUCGUUCUCGAUUAUGCAAAGGUCUUUUUGACGCCUGAGGAGUGA